GCCUAGUCCUUCGGGUUGGUGUGGCUUCUGAAACCGACUCCUCCCCCACUCUUCUCCCACGCAAAUCUGAAAUUGUGAAGUGAGCGGUUUGCCUUUAGGCUUAUAUAUACGGAGACCUUAACACCACGCAGAGAGAGAGGGAGGAGACGCGCGCGCGCAGGUUCAGAUAGUUUCAGGCUUGGGAGGAAGGAAGGAGAGGCAGAGAGAGAAUUUUUGUCUGAGAGAAUUCAGAUUUCAGAGAGAUAAUUUUCGUCUGAAGAAUUGUGUAUCGAUCGAUGUCUGGUGGUGUGAUCAGCAUGGUGGUCGCGCCAUGGAUUCUCGCUUGCGGGUUCUUGCUCUGCUCAUCCUCCUUCCUCGGAGCUGAAGGCGCCAUUGGUGUGAACUACGGCAUGCUGGGGAACAACCUGCCGUCGCCGGCGCAGGUGAUCUCCAUGUACAAGGCCAAGAACAUCAACUACGUCCGCCUCUUCCACCCGGACACCGCCGUCCUCGCCGCGCUCCGCAACUCCGGCAUCGGCGUCGUCCUCGGCACGUACAACGAGGACCUCGCCCGCCUCGCCUCCGACCCCUCGUUUGCCGCCUCCUGGGUCAGCUCCUACGUCCAGCCCUUCGCCGGCGCCGUCAGCUUCCGCUACAUCAACGCCGGCAACGAGGUCAUCCCCGGCGACCCCGCCGCCAACGUCCUCCCGGCCAUGCGCAACCUCGACGCCGCGCUCAAGGCCGCCGGGAUCAGCGGCAUCCCGGUCACCACCGCCGUCGCCACGUCCGUGCUCGGCGUCUCGUACCCGCCGUCGCAGGGCGCGUUCUCGGAGGCGGCGUCGCCGUACAUGGCGCCGAUCGUCGCCUACCUCGCGUCCAGGGGCGCGCCGCUGCUGGUGAACGUGUACCCCUACUUCGCGUACGCCGCGGACGCGGAGCGCGUGCAGCUCGGGUACGCGCUGCUGUCGGCGUCGCAGUCGGCGUCGGUGACCGACGGCGGCGUGACAUACACCAACAUGUUCGACGCGAUCGUGGACGCGGCGCACGCGGCGGUGGAGAAGGCGACGGGCGGGCAGGCGGUGGAGCUGGUGGUGUCGGAGACCGGCUGGCCGUCCGGUGGCGGCGGCGUGGGCGCCACCGUGGAGAACGCGGCGGCGUACAACAACAACCUGAUCCGCCACGUCUCCGGCGGCGCCGGGACGCCGCGGCGGCCGGGGAAGCCGGUGGAGACGUACCUGUUCGCCAUGUUCAACGAGAACCAGAAGCCCGAGGGCGUGGAGCAGCAUUUCGGCCUCUUCCAGCCCGACAUGACCGAAGUCUACCAUGUCGACUUCGCGGCCUCCAGCUAGAUUAGGCCCGGCCCAUUUCACAUUUCUUUCUUUCAGCUGCUGCUACUAUUUUAUUAUUUGUCGGAUACAGUAUUUUCGUAGUUUCGGUUCGAUCUCAUGUCACCGGUGCUCUGAUUUGGAUUCAUUGUUCAUUUGUUGUCGAUGCACAUUGGAGUAUGAUUUAUUCAAACGCACGAAUUUUACGAGAA